GUACACAAAAAAGUAAGAGCGAGUGAAACCCCAAAAUGUCAGUUUGCCGAGAAAACGCCAACAUCCGAGACAACCACCGGCGGUCGCUGGCGGAGAAAUUCGAGCUCCGGCGGAACCUGUACAAGGCGCUGUGCAAAGACACGAGCCUCCCCGACUCCUUGCGCGAGGAGAACCGCUACAAGCUCUCGAAGCUUCCGCGAAACAGCUCCUUCACACGAAUCAGGAACCGCUGCAUCUUCUCCGGCCGAGGCCGCGCCGUCUACGAGACCUUCCGUAUGUCUCGUCUCGUCUUCCGCGCUCUCGCCAACAAGGGCAUGCUCAACGGCGUCAAGAAAGCGUCCUGGUAAAAACGGUAUUUACAUGGGAUCGAAUUCUCUGUGGAUUAGGAUGUUAGCUUGCAUUUCAGUCACCGAGGGAUGAUGUAGUGGAAGUGACAUUCUCUUUGCAUCACUGCCUUGGAGAUUUAUGGUGUUACCUACUCAUACACUUCACUGUUCCUAUAGUAUUGAGGCAUUGUAAACUUCUCGAAAUAAUAGUAAUAAAUGGUUCAUGAUGGAUCUGUCUUUAUUCUCUUUAUCUUCAAGUUUGGUAUGGUUCCAGUGUUUAAGCUAUAUUUCUCUGCUUGUGCAACAGGUUCUUAGAUUCUCUUUCUCACUUGGGCUUGUGGCAUUUUCUGUCCCUCUUCCGUAUGCUUUUUCAUAGAGGAGUUUUGGCUAUAUUCAACAACAAUUUAUAUUGGGGUAGAUAUUAUGCUGAUACAUGUAGUUACUACUAUAGCCUUGGCUAUGGAACAGUUUUCUAUAACUUUUAUCUUUUUUCUGAAGAAUAUAGUGUUUAAACAGCCGUCAUUUUACAAGAACCAAGCAACUAUAGAUAUUCAGUGAUUUGAAAUUUAAGGUGAAGUAAGAUUAACGGAACAGUGACACUGUACAUUAAUAAUUAUUGGAGGUCUUUACUAAUAAUUUCUACUACGUUAAGUUUUUCUUGUAGAUAUGUGUCAUGGACAGGGUUGAUAUGAUUGGUCUUGGACAGUAAAAAAUAACGUUGUACUGUAAAUUAAAAAAAUAAAAGUUGAGGUUAGUGCCACAUUGUGAGGUUCCGUGAUGAGGUGCAAGUGUUGAAAAACUGAUUAGAAGUUAGUUUUACUCGAACAGUGAAAUUCAGACGUGAAUCUGUUGAAAGUUUAAGGGCUUAUAUGAUGCCCCUGAAUAUUCUAGAAAACUAGGAUUCUAACUAAUGGCUAGCUCCCAAGUUACUCUUUUAUGAUUGUUUCUGCAAAUAUUUUAAGCCGUGACUGUUUUUUAAUUUUUUUGGAAAGAAUUUUCACAUUAAAAAAGA